ACGGCGGGUCGCCUACCUGCCUUCCACUUCCCUGGCCGGGAGCGGCCGCGCGUCUCGCAGAGCGAUUCGCUGCCGGCUGGGUUCGCCGCCAACCUCACCUACCCGCUGGCUCUCCCGCCCGACUCUUCUGGGAUGGGUGGCGGGGAGUGGGGGAGACCUCGGAGGGCGGAGUGACACGCAGAGGCGGGCCGGGCCCUUCCCCCCCAGAGCCAGGGAGGAGGCGCCGCCAGGGCGCAGGUGAAACCGACUCGGCCCUAUCCCGGGAACUUUCGCUGCGGGGACUGGUUGCGAGAGGCUAGCGUCGCGCAGGGGGUGCCUAGGAGCCGCCUUCUCUCUCCCAGACUGCCCGCGGGGACUCAGCCCAGGGGCCACCGAAGGGGACCCACGGCCCUCCUGGCGCGCUCACCGGCCGCGGGCAGCGCUGGCCGCCGCCGCUGAUGGGGGCGGUCGGUGCCGCCCCAGGCGCAGGUGACAUUCGCCGGGCCAGGGUUUUCUCUGGCGGGGGAGAGCCCCCGGAGGGCGAGACGCAGACACCCCGGGGGCGGAAGACAAGGCAGCGAUGGCCCGAGAACUGAGCCAAGAGGCACUACUGGACUUUCUGUGCCAGGCUGGGGGCCGCGUGACCAAUGCUGCCUUGCUGAGCCACUUCAAGAGCUUUCUCCGAGACCCCGACUUGCCCCCCAACCAGCACCAGCACCGCCGCGAGCUCUUCAAGGGCUUCGUCAACUCGGUCGCCGCAGUGCGCCAGGACCCCGACGGCACCAAGUACGUGGUGCUCAAGAGGAGGUACAGGGACCUUUUGGGGGAGGAGGGGCUGCAGCGACCCCGCGAUACGCCCGCAACCGCCCCCAGUGCAGGGGGAGCUGCGCCCUGCUCCCCGCGAGGCGCGCGCCGAGGGGAGCCUCCCCAGCAGCAGCCCAGGCGGCGGCGGCGUGAGAAGGAGCCGGAGGAGGAGCCAGCAGGUGCAGCAGUCAGAGCCGCCGACGCGGGUUGCAAUGGACUCCCAGCCAGCGGCGCCCGCGGGGCUCCCGGGAAGGGCGGCGGAUCGAAGGGCAGCCCUGGACAGAGGGCGCCGGUGCCCGCAGCUGCAGCGGCAGGGGCCCAGGCGGGAGCGAGGUGCGCGGCGGCGGAGGCUCAGGGACGCUGCUGCUGGGAAUGCCUCCAGAACAGCCUGGCGGGGCUCCCGGGAGAGCUCGGCGCACUCCCGGACUCCGCCACCGCGGAGGAGAAGCCGGCGCGGGCUCUGCCCGCCCUGGAUGGCCGCAGGGCUUCCAGGGAGCUGGAAGAAGGCGCGUUGGCUGAGCCCGUGUCAGUGCCUGCAACACCUCGCUUGCCUCCGGCCACCGUCGAGGCUGCGACGAACCGGGCUUCGCUGCCUGCUCUCCUGCCCUGCCCCGCUCCCCGCGGAGACGGGCUGGAGUUGCUGACCCCCAGCUCCCUGCAUUAUUCGACCCUGCAGCAACAGCAGCAGCGCACUCGAGAGUGGGUGGCCAGGCACCCGCAGGUGCCUGAGGCCCCUGAUCAGGGCCCUAUCCGCGCCUGGUCGGUGCUGCCAGACAACUUCCUCCAGCUGUCCUUGGAACCUGGCUCCACGGAGCCUAACUCAGGGCCGCCAGAUCCCCGUCUUUCCUCACACCCUCUCUUUCCUAUUGCUCCAGAUGAAUCCUCGGAAUCCUGGCCGGGGAACCCUUCACUGACUGUCUUUCGCAGCAUUCGUUGUCAGCUUUCCCUCCAAGAUCUAGAUGACUUUGUGGACCAGGAGAGUCAUGGCAGUGAGGAAAGCAGCAGCGGGCCCAAAGAGUCCCCGGGGGCUUCUGAAGAAGGGCUGCAGGUUGUCUUGGGAACCCCAGAUCGGGGGAAGCUCAGGAAUACAGCUGGGGGCCUUUCUUUAUCUCAGAAGGAGGGCAGCCCCAGCCGGAGCCCUCAGGGCCUCAGAAACAGAAAGGAUGGUCACCCCUCUCAGCAGGUCCCUGCAGGGGCUAAUGGCCUUGCAGGCCACUCCCUGGAGCCUUUGCCUUGGCCAGCUCCUAGGUUAAGGAGGUCCCUCAGGAGGAGCUCUCUGGCAGGAAGAGCCAAAUUGUCCUCCUCUGAUGAGGAGUACCUUGAUGAGAGCUUGCUGAGAAGAAGUCGGCGCCCACCUCGAUCCAGAAAGCCCUCCAAAGCAGGAACAGUGCCCAACCCAAGGGUAGAUGCAGCUUUAUCACCAAAGCUUGCAGAGGUUAAGGCUGUUGGGGCUGAGUGGGAUUGGCGACACAGCUUGUGGGCUCCUAGUGGGGAGGGGCCUGCAGCCUUGGCCCCCCACAGAACUUCUGAGCACAAAUCAUCCCUGGUUCCCCUAGAUGCCAGGGAGCACGAGUGGAUUGUGAAGCUUGCCAGUGGCUCCUGGAUUCAGGUGUGGACUUUGUUCUGGGAGGAACCUCAACUGGCCUUGCACAAAGACUUUUUGACUGGGUACACCGCCUUGCACUGGAUAGCCAAACAUGGUGACCUCAGGGCCCUUCAGGACUUGGUCUCUGGAGCAAAGAAGGCAGGGAUUGUCCUUGAUGUAAAUGUGAGGUCCAGUUGUGGGUAUACCCCACUGCAUCUUGCAGCCAUUCAUGGCCACCAGGGAGUUAUCAAAUUGCUAGUGCAAAGGUUGGCUUCUCGAGUAAAUGUCAGGGACAGCAGUGGGAAGAAGCCAUGGCAGUAUCUAACCAGUAAUACCUCUGGGGAAAUAUGGCAGCUAUUGGGAGCCCCUAGGGGCAAGCCCAUUUUCUCCGUCUAUCCCUUAGUUGGAAGUUCUUCCCCCACCAGAAAGGCCAAGAGCAGGGAAAUAUCUAGAAAUGUCACCCGAAAGACUUCCUUUGCUGCACUACUCAAAAGUCAGCACAGCAAGUGGAAAUUGGCCAACCAGUAUGAGAAAUUCCCCAGUCCAAGGGAAAGAGAAGAGUAUAGUGACUGAGGUGGGUCUCUCUGUCCAACAUGCAGGCAGCAUACCCUCACCCUACUGAGUGAAAGAAUUCCAGGGGAAUAUAAAAGCUGAUGAGAGUUGGUAAAGAGGAUGGUCAAGGGAGAUGGCGUUGACCUCACUGGAUCUUAUGUCACCACAUGCUGAACCUUAGGAGGAUCAUCCAACCUUUUUGAAAGCUGAAGUACUUGAACUAGAGAGACCUAGACAAGGGGCAGAGCCAGGUGCUCAAAAUCCAAAAGGCAUUCUUCCUCUUCCCUUGCCACCAUGGUUCUGGGCACAGUAAGCCACAUUGUUUCCUUGAAGCAGCAGUUCCCAGCCUUGGCCAGAGAGGGAACAGAUGUCUAACAAAAAGAGAGGCAAUUCGAGGAAUUGACGAAGCACAUACAAAAUCCUCUCUGGCUAGGAGCUCUCUGGCUUAUGUUCAUUUGGAUAAUAAAUCUUGGCUGACAGUGGGAAGCACCAGGUUUGAAAUCAGAUGGCUUUAUUUUUCGUUUUUUUUGGCACUGAAAUCAGUGAAAUAAAAUUAUUACUGGAGAGUAAAGUUUGAUUUGAGAGAUUCCCCAGCCCUGUUUCCAAGUCUUUUUUUGAAUGCCAUGUGUGGUGGUUAGUGGGUAAAAUGAUUAAUGCCUCCUUUGGGUCUUCUCACUGAUCAGAGAAGCAGUUGGGUAAGAUCCAGUUAUGACUUGGACUCUAUUCCCAAGAGAACUGUCAUUCAGGCCCUGCUUUUUUGUAUCAACCCAAAGGGAACUCUCCAAAUGUAAAAACCAUGUGGCUCAUUUGCAUAGUGACUGAAACCAUCUUUCAUGGAAACUCCCUGUGUAACAAACAGAAUUAUCAUUACUAGUUUUCAGUAGGUUUGAAUGGCCAACAUUUGUACUCAGAAAAAGAGAAAUGAUUUCACUCUGGGGAAACAGUAAGGAUUAAGAGAAUGCAUGCUCGCCAGGACUUUCUAAGCUGCUAAAUGUAAUUUUAUUUGCACUAAACUUGUUGCCAAUUAAGAUUAAAUAUUAGCCUUUAAGUAUUGUAUAUCUAACAGGAAGCAUUCCUUUUUAAUUGCUUUUGAAGGGACUGAAUACUUGUGAGUUCAUGGAGUGAGAGAAUGGCUAGUCUAUAAAUGUCAGUAGAACAUCAAGAUUUCAGAAGAAGUUCAAAGAGGGCUGAAAAAUUACAUGUUCAAGUGGAAGUUGUUAAUAUUUUAUGGGAAUGUUUUCAUGUGAUGUGGCAAUGAUGCUGUAUUUUAAGUCUUUUUGUGUUUCUUCUGGUUAUUUUCCCCCAUUAAAAGAUCAAUAGAUCUUUAUAAUUUAUUGUACUUAUGCUGAUUACUGUUAGUUUUCUUCUUUACAAAAUUGUGUCUCAGUGAGUGCCAAAUAUUAUUGUUUGAUUUUUUACUUUAUAAUUUUGCUGAAAUAAAUACAUCUUUUCUGCUAGAAAAAUAAGCAUAAUAAAUAAAUCUAAGAGCUUUUUUCCUGAAAGACCUAUAUAAGAGAUGAAACUUUGUCAAAGUAAGAAAAUGGGCAAACACAGAUGGGACAUAGUUUAAAGAGAUAAAAAUUUGAAAGAAUACAAGAUAAACAUCUCUGCAAAUAUUCUGGUAAACUAGUAGAAUUUGUAAACCACCAGCAAGCUGGUGAUAUUUCAAGGAAAAGAUGUAAACUUUCUAAAAAAUCCAAUGAAUGUUUUUACUUUAUCACAUUGUCCUCACUACAUCAGUUUAUUCAACAGAUGUGUUUUGUGUAGUGCUGUGGAACUUAUAAAAGUGAGUAGGAGAUAAACUCUCCCAUCUCGAAACUUAAAAUCUAACAGUAUUUAUAAUUGAUUGCUUUAUACCCUUUUUAAAAUUAUUACUAUUUUGAGAUGGAGCCUCACUCUGUUGUCCAGGCUGGAAUGCAGUGGUGUGAUCUCGGCUCACUGCAACCUUCACCUCCCAGGUUCAAGGGAUUCUACUGUUUCAGCCUCCCACGUAGCUGAGAUUACAGGCAACCACUACCAUGGCUAAUUUUUGUAUUUUUGUAUUUUUAGUGAAGAUGGUUUUUCACCAUGUUGGUGAGGCUGGUCUCGAACUCCUGACCUCAAGUGUUAAAUACAUUGCAUGUUUCAGUAUUUGCAAAGUGCUGGGAUUACAGGCGUGAGCCACCAUGCCCGGCCAGUACCCUAUCUUGCUCCCAUGAUGUCUUUUAAAGGUGAAUUAUAUCAAAAAAUAAGCUCGUAAAAUGAGGCAAAGAGAAAAGCAGGAUGGUACCAGGAAUGAGGAUGAACAGCAGCAAUGCAAGAAAAAAAUUUCAAAGUGUCCUAAGUACAAAAUAUGUGCUCUGGGGAGAGCACUUAUUUUGAGAGAGAGAGAAAGAGAAAUAGAAAGGGAAAGACAGAGAGAAAGAAAGAGAGAUCCUUUUAGGCUGGUAAAAUCAGGGAGGGCUUCAUAAAGGUCAGGAAUCCUUGAAUUGAAUGAUACUGACUUUCCCAAGAAACCAGCUGUGUUAGUUCUACCACAUUCUUGACUUGUGCUUCAGUGUGUGAUUUACAUAGCACUAGUGUUGGCUGAUUGUUGACUGGUUAGAGCACAAUCCUAAGUCUCAAGUUGAUUCUUAUGAUGAAUCAUCAUGCUGCCUCUGAUCAACUCUUUUACAUGGUCAAUAUGUUAUGUUGGGAGGAGUCAGGGGAGAAGAGGGUGUAGAGAGCAGAUUAAAACACAGCUUUGAUCCUGACACUCUCUUGCUCAUGUUGUAAAGUUCAGGCCAGGACGGCUGCCAGAACUAGCGUACUUUCCCAGCUUUUUGCCAGCCACUCCCUGCCGUGAACCCCAAACUGAAGCUUCAUCAGACCCAUUGGGAUGCUAGUAGCCCUAACCUCUCAGUUUCUGUCUUGUGCUGAAUUUCUUCUACUUAGAAAAU